UGUGUGUGUCUCUCUGUGUGUCUCUCUGUGUGUCUGUCUCUGUGUCUCCGUGUCUCUGUCUCUCCGUGUCUCGCUGUCGUCUCGAUCGGCCGUGGUGAAAGGGAAAAUGGCAGAGUCCAUAGAGGCGGCUGUGUACGCGUCCGUGGAAGGCGAGUGUCCCCUGGCCCGCAAGCGUCAACGUCGCACCGUGGAAGAUUUCAACCAAUUCUGUAACUUCGUGCUGGCCUACGCUGGCUACAUCCCUCACUCGAAGGAGGCCCGGGGUUUGCCCGGCCCCCCCGCCCACGCCGGCCGCAGCCCCCCCAACAGCACGGGCAGCACGGCCGACAGCGACAGCUGGUCAUGUGACUCCGCCUCGCCCCACAAUGCACUGCUGCACAGGGCGGCCACGCAGCAGCAGCAGCAGCAGCAUCAUCCGCCGAGAAAACAGCCACAACAACAACCACAACAACAGCCACAACAACAACAGCCACAACAACAACAACAACAGCCACAAGCAGGGCGGGGCGGGGCGCGUUGCCGUGGCGACGAGGCUGCCCUGGAGACGGCAGGGAAAGAGGAUGGGGCCGUUGGUGGUGGUGGUGGUGGUGGAGGUGGUGGUGGUGGAGUUGGUGGUGGAGUUGGUGGUGGAGGUGGUGGUGGUGGUGGCGGCGAUCACUGGGGAAGAGGCGGUGGAGAGGCACAGAGCGUCACCGGUGGAGCCUCAAGCGAGGAGCCGGCGGUUUUGCCGAUUCCGGGCGGCACCCGGGCGGACGACGACGACGACGAGGACGAGGAGGAGGAGGAGAAGCAGGAGGAGGAGGAGGAGGAGGACGAAGAGGAGGAGGGGGGCGAGGGGGAGGGGGGGGAGACGCGGGGGGGAGUGGAGGUGAUUGAGACGGCCCCCACAGUGAAGGUUUACAGGGACAAGGGAGGCAACUCCAACGAUGAGGACAUCAUGGUGGACUCAGAGGACGACUCCUGGGGCCUGGUGACGUGCUUCUGUCAGAAGCCCUUCGCCGGCCGUCCGAUGAUCGAGUGCGGCCUCUGUGCCACCUGGGUGCACCUCUCCUGUGCCAAGAUCCGCAAGUCCAACGUGCCGGACGAGUUCGUGUGCCAGCCGUGCCGGGCCGGCCACGCCGGGGCCCACCGGGCCGAAUCGCCGGCUCCCGCGGAAGCUUCGGCCGACGCCGCGGCUUUGACCUCGCGGCGUUCCAGGAGGCAGGGCGGCGGUGGAGGCGGUGGAGGCGGU